GCAGCCACCAUGGUGCACUGGUCAGCCGAGGAGAAGCAGCUCAUCAGCGGCGUGUGGGCCAAGGUCAAUGUGGAGGAAUGCGGCGCCGAGGCCCUGGCCAGGCUGCUGAUCGUCUACCCCUGGACCCAGAGGUUCUUCUCUGACUUCGGGAACCUGUCCAGCCCCACGGCCAUCGUCGGCAACCCCAAGGUGCGUGCCCACGGCAAGAAGGUGCUCACCUCCUUCGGGGAGGCCAUCAAGAACCUGGACAACCUCAAGGGCACCUACUCCAAGCUGUCCGAGCUGCACUGUGACAAGCUGCACGUGGACCCCGAGAACUUCAGGCUCCUUGGGGACAUCCUGGUCAUCGUCCUGGCGUCCCACCUGGGCAGGGAUUUCAGCCCUGUGUGCCAGGCUGCCUGGCAGAAGCUCGUGGGUGUGGUGGCCCACGCCCUGGCCCACAAGUACCACUGA